GUGUUGUUCUGAGAAAGUUCUAGAACGGUCGCCAUUUUAAUGUUGUUUGCUGGUUAAAACAAAGACGGCGCUUCUGUUAAAGUCGCCUGUAAUCAGGAAUUUCACGCGCUUGAACAUUUUGGUGGACGCUAGAGCAGAUGAGGCAGUCUAAGCGCAUGCGCACUCCGAGGGACUGGCUAGACGAGUACGACUGGGAGGAGCGGAUGGAGAGUCGCAAGCGGCGGAAGCGGGAGUCCCACAGCAGCGAGAGGGAAAACAAAUCCCGCAGGCACCACCGCCAUUACAGGGAUUAUGAAAGGCAUUAUCUGGAAUCACGAACUCUUAAUGAGAAGGUGGAUGGCAGGGAGCAUAGAGUACGAGAUUUAAGUGAUGACCCUGGAUAUGAGGACAAAGGUCGAGGGGCACUGUGCAAUCCACGUGAGAAAGACAGAGACUGGCACCAUUACAGCAAGUCCUCGGGCUGCAGUCGGCGCAGCAGUCAUGGACGCCACCGUGGGCGCCGACAGAGCCCCUCACAGCAUCACUCUUACUCGAGGAGUCAUCGCAGGAAAAGAUCCAGGAGUUUUGAGGAUGAUGAGGAGGGUCAUCUGAUCUGUCACAGUGGACACGUGCUAAGAGAACGAUAUGAGAUUGUAUGCUCUUUAGGAGAGGGGGCCUUUGGAAAAGUAGUGGAGUGCAUCGAUCAUGCAAAAGGGGGUGCACGAGUUGCACUGAAGAUAAUUAAAAAUAUUGAUCGAUAUCGAGAAGCAGCUUUGUCUGAGGUUGAGGUUUUGGAACAACUAAAUUCUCUUGACUCUGAAAGGAGAUAUGCUUGUGUGCAGAUGUUGGACUGGUUUGACCAUCAUGGACACAUCUGUAUUGUUUUUGAGCUGCUUGGUCUGAGCACUUAUGACUUCCUGAAGGAAAACAGCUUCUUGCCUUUCUCUGUGGACCAAAUCAGACACAUGGCCUACCAGAUAAUUAGAGCUGUACGAUUUCUCCAUCGGAACAAGUUAACUCACACUGACCUGAAACCAGAGAAUAUUCUCUUUGUGAAUUCUGACUAUACUAUGGAAUACAAUGCCAAAAUGAAACGGGAUGAGAGGACAUUGAAAUUCACAGAUGUGAAAGUGGUGGAUUUUGGCAAUGCCACAUAUGACCAUGAACAUCACACAUCUGUAGUGUCAACUAGGCAUUACAGAGCACCUGAGGUCAUUCUUGAACUAGGAUGGAACCAAACUUGUGACAUCUGGAGUCUGGGCUGCAUUCUGAUUGAGUAUUACCUGGGGUUAACACUCUUUCAGACACAUGACAGUAAAGAACACUUGGCCAUGAUGGAGAGAGUUUUGGGUCCCAUACCUACUCACCUGCUACAAAAAACCAGGAAGCGACGAUAUGUACAUAAUGAACGCCUCGAUUGGGAUGAGCACAGUUCAGCGGGUAGAUAUGUGAGGAAGCACUGCAAACCUCUCCGGCAAUACAUGACCUCCAAGAGCUCUGACGAUGAGCAGCUGUUUGACCUGAUUGAAAAGAUGCUGGAGUACAAUGUAUCAAAGAGAAUCACACUGGAAGAAGCAAUCAAGCACCCGUUUUUUGACCCUCUUAAGAAGGGGAGGAGAAAGUGACCAUCCAACAGUCUAUUACCUUCAGUGUAUUCUCCAGGGGAGAUUUCUACAGACUGUAUCAGUCCACCCAUAGUUCAGUGUUCUGCUAGUAUGUGUUAAUUUAUUGUGUAGUGUGUUCAUGGAGAGCAGUUAAUCAGUAUGUUUUAAUUUACUGUUCUUGUUGCUUUUAAAAUGAUACGGUUUAUACCUCAAUCACAGAUGUGUACAGUAUGUACAGUUCAUUAACUUUCAGUUAUACGUGUUUUGUAUAGUUGAGUUGACAUGUAAGACUGAUCUGAAUAAACCGAACAUUUAACGGCGA